AAAGAGACACUUCCGGUUAAAGUGAAAGUAGAAAGUGAAAAUAGGAAAAAUGUAAACAACACGAUAUUGAGAUAAACAGGGACAUAUUGAAAGGAAAAGAUGGCAGAAGAAAACACAGGAGAGAAGAGCAAACCAGGCGUCGGAAUGAGAAUGACUAUUUCUAUGAUCAGUAAAAAGUUUUCUAAAGCAGCAAACAUCAGUACAAAUACUCUGUCUGACUGGAUGAAGAAUGAAGACGAGGCUCAGAAACUAGUGUUACUGGACUGUAGACCAGAGGAGGAGUUUGUCGUCAGUCGUAUACCGGGAGCUGUUCGAGUGGACUAUGAAAACGAGGCAGAAAAUAUUUUAGAAAAAAUACAAGAUGUAAAGACCAAUCAGAGAGCCCGUAUCGUAUGUUAUUGUGCAGCGGGAUACAGAUCAAGUUUGAUUGUAGAAAAAUUACAGGACCAUUUCAAAAAAUUAGGUACCAAACCUUCAUGGGAGAUGUAUAACUUAGAAGGAAGUAUAUUUAAAUGGGCGAAUGAAGGCAGAACAAUGGUCGAUGUUAAUGAUAGAAGUACACCAUUCGCUCAUCCUUAUAAUGCUGUGUUUGGUAAAUUACUGGAAAGCCACCUAAGAAGACAAGAUGUACAGAUGCCAAACGAAAAGAAAAUAUCCGUAGAGGACCCUCAUUAGUGGCAAGUUUGUAAAAAGAACCAAGAAAAGGCGAACAUGUGAAGAAAGUACUACGGAAUAGAGUAAAAGUCACUGUUUUCUGGGAAUAUCUCAUAUUGUAAUAGCCUUUUAUUGGAUAAAUCUUAAUACCAUUC